AUGGAUGUUGCUUGCGUGCGUGCGAGCUUGCUUGCUUGCUUGUUCGUUCUCUCUAUCUUUGAUGGUGGCACCAUGCCCAGAAGUGCUGCAUCAAUUUGCGUACUCAUUGAACUGGUAACAUCAAGGAACUUCUUACCAGGCAGUUGCGAGCAACAACAGAUCGAAGCCAUUUGCCAACUGUGCGGCACACCAACAGAGUCAGUAUGGUCCGGAGUGUCAUCACUUCCAAACUACCAUAUGAUCGCCGACGUGCCCAAGUACCCAAGCAGCCUAAGACACAUAUUUAAGAACUUCACAGAGGACUUCAUUGCAUUGCUCGAGGGCCUCCUUACACUAAACCCAAAGAAGCGCUGGACCGCCGAGCAAGUGCUCACGUCGGCCUUCUUCACCAGUGAGCCCCUGCCAUGCGCGCCCGAGAAGAUGCCUGGCUACCAAUCAAUACACGUCUUGGAGGCCAUCCAGAAGAGAAUGAAGCAAGAGCAAGAGCAACAGAAGCUGAAACAGCAGCAGCAACAGACUACACCUACAACUACCAUCACCAAACAAACAGCGUCAUCACAAACAUCCACAUCAACAUCCACAUCAUCAACAUUUGACAAGCAACAAGUCGACCUGAGUACGUCCACCGUCGACUCUGCUGCUGCCGCCACCUCCAACAACAACGCCAUCUCCAACUCUGCCGAGACAACGCCAACUUUGCAGUCAUCAUCCAGCCAGCGCGAGUCACUGAAGCGUUCAUUCGACUUGGUCAACGACAUUAGGAAUUAUUGCACGAGCGAGUCGGACGACGAGGACGAAUAUGACGUCGAGUACGAGAUCGACGAUGAAUACUACACAGAUGACGACGAGUGCGAGGAUGACUGCGACGAUUGUGACGACUGCGAAGACUUUGACGAGUCUGACGAGGAGGAGUUCUACGCCUGCGAGACCUACCAGCUGACGACCGCGCCCAGCUCUGCGACGGUCGUUGUUGACCCUGCCAUCAACCAGUUCCUGCAGCCUGCAAAGAAACAGCGCACAAGCGGACCGACCGUUGCCACCUCACUGGGCACGGAUGGUCGCAUUGACAUCCCCAUUCACUAG